UACAAGUUUAUCGUGUCAGUUCACCAUUUGAGUUAGACAGUGGAGCACGCGUACGAUUAGUACACUCGCAGAAAUGGCAGUAACGCAAUUUCUUUUACUCACAGUCUUGGGACUUGUGAGUUACUUUGUCUACUGGUUUCGAAAGCGCAUGAAUUAUUGGCAGGAUCUUGGCAUAGCAUGCGAUAAGCCCGACUAUCUGCUUGGCAAUUUGUUGGGUAUGCGCACGCCGCGCUCAUUUGCGGAUAUAGCACGUGCCACAUACAGCAAAUUCAAAGGCACUGGAUCUUUUUGUGGCUUCUAUUGGUUUCAACGUCCAGCUGUCUUUGUACUGGAGAAGAGUCUUGCUAAAGCUAUACUCAUCAAGGAGUUCAAUAAGUUCACUGAUCGCGGCUUCUAUACGAAUCCAGAUGAUGAUCCACUGUCCGGACAUCUCUUUUCAUUGGACGGCCAUAAGUGGCGUGCCAUGCGCACUAAACUCUCGCCGACGUUCACUUCCGGUAAAAUGAAGCAAAUGUUUCCGACUGUUACCAGAGUGGCUGCCGAGCUCGUGCAUGUGUAUAACGAAGCAGUGAACGGUGGUUCGACAAUGGAAGUGCGCGAUUCUCUUGGACGCUACACCACCGACGUGAUCGGCUCGUGCGCUUUUGGCAUCGACUGCAACAGCUUGAAGAAUCCCAACGAUCCUUUCCGUCAGAUGGGCAGACGUGUGUUCACAGACCAGCGUCAUGGAUCUCUAGGGUUGGCUUUAAUUAUACUUUUUCCGAAAUUGUCGCGUCGUCUACAUAUCAAAAUGACACCCGAUCACAUUACCGACUUCUAUAUGCGUAUUGUACGUGAAAAUAUUGCCUACCGCGAGGCGAAUAACAUCAAACGUCAUGACUUUUUCGAUAUGUUGUUGGACCUGAAAAAUAAUAAAAUGAUGAAAUCAGAGGACGGUCAAGCGAUGACGAAUAUAACUGUUGAAGAGCUGGCGGCGCAGGCAUUUGUAUUCAUGGUCGCUGGAUUUGAGACCUCAUCGACCACGAUGGGCUUUGCGCUCUACGAGUUGGCACAGCGUGAAGACUUACAAGAACGUGCGCGACAGGAAGUCAAUGAAGUGCUAGCGCGACAUAACGGUGAAUUCACUUAUGAGUGUAUGAACGAAAUGGUCUACUUGAAUCAAGUGAUAUCAGAAACUUUAAGGAAGCACACCAUAGUGCCCAUGCUUACACGCGAAUGCCUAGAGGACUAUCAAGUGCCAGAUCAACCAAAAUACAAAAUCAAAAAGGGCACUUUUGUGAUAAUCCCAGCUGUGGGCAUACACUACGACGAGGAUUACUAUCCCAAUCCGGAAGAGUUCAAUCCCGAUCACUUCACACCGGAGAAAGUGGCGCAGCGCGAUUCCAUUGAGUGGCUGCCGUUCGGCGAUGGUCCACGCAAUUGCGUCGGUCUACGUUUUGGUCUCAUGCAGACACGCGUUGGUCUCGCUUACUUGUUGAAGAGCUUCAAGUUCAGUGUAAGCGAAAAGACACAGAUACCCAUCAAAUACAGCAAAGAAUCUUUUGUAUCGAUGGCUGAGGGCGAUAUUUUCUUGAACGUUGAAAAGGUGGCUGCUUUAGUUCUUUACUUUGUCGCACAGCUUAAUUUAGUGAUAAUGUCCGUCACGCAAUUCCUGCUGGCCACGCUGCUUGGACUGCUGGGCUAUGCGUUCUACUGGCUGCGUCAGCGCUUCAUGUAUUGGGAGGUGCGCGGCAUUGCCUAUGAGAAGCCCAAUUAUUUACUCGGCAAUUUGAAUGGCGUGCGCACGACGCGUUCGUUUGUGGAGAUAUGGCUGAGCACGUACAAUAAAUUCAAGGGGACUGGUCCGUUUUGUGGUUUCUUCUGGUUCCAACGCCCAUCGGCCUUCAUCUUGGACACGAAAUUGGCAAAAGCUAUACUGAUUAAGGAUUUUAAUAAUUUCGUUGAUCGCGGUUUCUAUUCAAAUCCGGAGGAUGAUCCGCUGACUGGACAACUCUUCCUCCUGGACGGCCACAGAUGGCGUGCGAUGCGUAAUAAGCUAUCGCCCACCUUCACAUCCGGUAAGAUGAAGUAUAUGUUCCCAACUGUGUGUCGCGUGGGUGAGGAGUUUGUGCAGGUUGUGUCGGAAGCUAUUAAGCAGGAGCCCGUUUUGGAGAUACGUGAUUAUCUAGCGCGUUUCACCACUGACGUCAUCGGCACUUGCGCGUUUGGCAUUGAAGUGAAUAGUUUGAAGAACCCCAGCGAUGAAUUCCGGCAGAUGGGCAAGCGCGUCUUCACUGAUUUGCGCUAUGGACAAAUCGGUUUGGCGUUGCUGAAUAGCUUCCCGCAAUUCUGUCGAAAGAUGCAUUUAAAAAGCACACCCGAUCACAUCACCGACUUCUAUUUGCGCAUUGUGCGCGAGAAUAUCGCCUACCGUGAGAAGAACAACAUCAGACGCAAUGAUUUCUUUGACAUGUUGUUGGAUUUGAAGAACAACAAGCUGUUAAAGUCGGAGGAUGGUCAAGACUUGAGCAUCACCGUAGAGGAAUUAGCUGCCCAAGCGUUUGUUUUUCUGAUUGCCGGCUUCGAGACCUCGUCGACCACCAUGGGUUUCGCAUUGUACGAACUGGCGCAGCACGAAGAUAUACAACAGCGUGUGCGUGACGAGGUCGUGGAAACGCUGGAGAAACACAACAGCGACUUCACGUAUGAGUGCAUGAAGGAAAUGGUCUACCUGGACCAAGUGAUAUCCGAGACGUUGCGCCUCUACACCGUGCUACCCGUGUUGAAUCGUGAGUGCAUGGAGGAGUACCCAGUGCCGGGUUAUCCGAAAUUUGUCAUCGCUAAGGGUAUGCAAGUUGUUAUACCGGCUGCUGCCUAUCACCGUGAUGCUGACAUUUAUCCCAAUCCCGACGCUUUCAACCCGGAUAACUUUUCACCCGAGAAGGUUGCGCAGCGUGAUGGUGUUGAGUGGCUGCCCUUCGGCGAGGGCCCACGUAAUUGCAUUGGCAUGCGGUUCGGUCAAAUGCAAGCCCGUAUUGGCUUGGCUCUGCUCUUAAAGAACUUCAAGUUUUCGGUGUGUGCGAAGACACCAAUUCCGAUGACUUAUGACAAGAUCAACUUUCUAGUGCAGUCCGAGCAUGGCAUUUGUCUGCAGGUAGAAAAAGUUUGAGUGGGAUGCUACAAUCUUAAAAGAAAUUUAUAAAAAGUAUUGAAAAUUUAUAUUUUUGUUGGAUAUUGUUAAAAACACUUUGUUGGAUAAUAAAGGGAUUAAGUAUUCGCAA